UGCGCGUCUCUGUGUGGAGCCACGUGAUCGCGCCUUGGUCCGCUCCUCCAGCUGCGCCUCCGCGGUUCCUCUGCCCUUUGGGGACUCACGAUCAGCGGGAACCUUUACAGGAACCUCGCCACUGUUUGAACAUGACGGUCGAGAGGAUAUUUGAUGAGCUCGGGCAUUUUAAAAGAUUUCAGGCUUGUCUCUACUUUGCUGCUGUCUUCCAAGCUACUGCCUGUGGAAUCCACUACCUGGCCUCUGUAUUCCUGGUGGAGACACCAAACUUUGUGUCUAUCAUACCUGACAACAUCACUGACAUCCUCUACGGCAACAUAACAGCAUCUAGCAUUCAAGAGAUCCUGCCUGAAUUUAAAAAUGGGAAGAAGGCGCUGGUGGUGAGGACGGACCAGGGAGAGCAGUGGGAGCUGAGCAGAUGCGAGUGUGCUCUUCGGAUCAACCCAACUGAUUUUACCUAUGAAUUCUAUGGCAACAAGAGCAAGCAAACCUGUGAUGGUUUUGUUUACGACCACAGUGAAAUUCAGAGCAGUAUAGUGACAGAUUGGGACCUGGUGUGUGAGGGGGAAUGGUUGGCCAAACUAUGUCAGCCCACCUUCAUGCUGGGAGUCCUGAUCGGUGCCCUGGUGUUUGGAGACAUCGCUGACAGGGUGGGCCGUGUAAAGGUUAUGAUGCUCACCAGCCUCUGCCAGUUUGGGUUUGGAGUAGCUGUUGCUUUUUCUACAAAUUACUAUGUAUUUGUGGUGCUUCGUUUCCUUCUUGCAAUGGUGUCCAGUGGAUACUUGGUGGUGGUUUUUGUCUAUGUGACAGAGUUCACUGGCAGUAAGGUGCGCACCUGGACCUCCAUGCACGUACAUGCAGCCUUUGCAGUGGGCGUCAUGGUGGUGGCUCUGACCGGGUACUGUGUGCGAGUGUGGUGGAUCUACCAGAUCAUUCUUUCCACCUGCACAGCACCCUUCCUGCUCUUCUGCUGGAAGUUCCCUGAGACUCCAUUCUAUCUCCUGGCUAAGGGCCGAUACAGCGAGGCCCAGAGCCUGCUGGACAACAUAGCCCGAGUGAAUGGGAUGGAGUGCAGACUGAGAGCAGAGGAGCUGAUGGAGCUGGAGAAGAAUGGCCCUGGUCUGCCGCAGAAAGAGGCUCAGUCAGCAGCUCAAAGUGAAAAGAAGCUCUCCAUCCUGGACCUGUUUGGCAGCUGGAGGAUGGCAGGACGUACCUGCACCGUGUGGGCCAUCUGGUUCAUUGGCAGUCUGGGCUACUAUGUCUUCUCUCUGGGCUCCGUCACUCUCGGGGGGAACCAGUAUGUGAACCUGUUCCUUGUUGGUCUAGUGGAGCUUCCCUCUUAUCUGAUUGGCUGUUUUGCUAUGGACCGGAUUGGGAGGAAGAGGACUUGCGCCCCUGCUCUGCUCCUGGGCUCCGUUGCGUGCAUACUCAUCAUUGUGGUACCUGCUAACAUCCAUGCUCUGACUAUUGCUUUGAGUAUGAUUGGAAAGUUUUCUAUUGCGAUCGCCUUUGGUCUCAUCUACCUGUACACCUGUGAGUUGUACCCCACCAUCAUCAGGUCUCUGGCUGUAGGCAGUGGCAGUAUGAUGUGCCGCGUGGGUAGUGUAGUGGCUCCCUUCUGUGUGUAUCUGUCUGAUGUAUGGAUCUAUCUACCACAGUUAAUUGUUGGGAUUCUUGCUUUCAUUAUUGGAGUGUUAACCUUUAUGUUGCCGGAAACACUUGGAAAACCCCUGACCUCCACCUUAGAAGAAGCUGAAGCUCUGGGACUGGAGCCCAAAAAGAGGAUUGCUCCUCAGGACUGUAAACAUGCGGAGGAGAAGAUGGAGAUGAACCCACGUGAUAACACUGUCUGAACUGUGACCCUCUGAACAUCUCUGCUUUGGCCUGGUGCUGAUGCUCAUUAAGAGGUUUUUGUGUAGAACUGGUUCUUUCAGUUUAUUUAUGUGAGACCAACAGCAAAAAAGCUUUUAAGGUGUAAAUCCUUUCAAUAUUAUUAUCAAGAAUAUGGGUCCCACCCAUAGACUGUAUAUAGGAGUAUAUUUACAGUCUAUGGUCCCACCAAAUGAUAUAAGACAAAUUAAAUAUUAAUUUAUAUUGCAAUUAUUGUAUUUAAUGAAAUAUUGUGUUGUUAGAAUGAAGUUAGUCAUCAUAACUAGAUAACAAACAUCCAGUCAAUACAACAUUGCUGUUUUUUUGGAACAAACCUAGCAUUACUCUAUAGACCGCAUCACUGAUACUUUGUCAUUUUAGAAUCCUUCCUUGUGCCUUACCAUUAAGACACCAGUUAUCUUAUAUUAUAUUAUUCUGCUUUUUGAAUGUCCAUUUUUAUAAUGCUGGCAGUAAAGAGGUACUGCUCUUUGUGAACAUGUGAAAUAAUUCAUAGACUCUUGGACCAAAGGCUAUGAUCAAACAUUUGGAAUUGGUUUGCUCUCACUGGG